UGAUCAGCUGUGUCCAAUCACAGCUGAUCACAUGGCACUGAUGAUCAGUGUGCCCUGAUGAUCAGUGUGGCCCCAAAAGUGCCACCUGUCAGUGUCCAUCAGUGCCAGCUGUAAGUGCUGAACAGUGCCACGUCCCAGUGCUUAUCAGUGCCACAUCAAUGCCACAUAUCAGUGCCUACCAGUGCACAUCAAUGCCACAUAUCAGUGCCCAUAUGAGCUGCCUUUCAGUGUCACCCAUCAGUGCCAGUCAGUGCCACCUAUCAAUGCCAAUCAGUGCCACCUAUCAGUGCCAGUCAGAGCCG